AUGGUUAAUUCAGUAGAUGAUCAAACGGCUGCCCCGUCAAUUGAAGUCAAGAACCUGACAUAUAAAUUCCCGGAUUCGACUCUGGGUCUUACGGAUAUUACGCUGAGUUUGCCGCCUAGUUCGAGGACUUUACUCAUCGGCGCAAACGGUGCCGGCAAAACCACACUCCUCCGUCUCCUCUCCGGCAAACGACUCGCUCCCACCUCUACAAUUUCCAUCUCCGGUCUCGAUCCUUUCAAAGACUCCCUUGUCGGUGUAACCUAUCUUGGUCUCGAAUGGGUUCUCAAUCCCAUCGUACGAACCGACAUUGGUGUGCGUGAGCUCCUCACUUCCGUGGGCGGAAACCAUUAUCCCGAGCGAAGAGACGAGCUUGUGCAGGUUCUAGAUAUUGAUUUGGAAUGGCGCAUGCAUCAAGUAUCUGAUGGAGAAAGAAGAAGAGUACAACUUGCUAUGGGACUUAUUAGACCGUGGAGAAUCUUGCUACUAGAUGAGAUUACGGUGGAUUUGGAUCUCUUGAGCCGAAAGAGAUUUUUGGAUUUCCUGAGAGAGGAGACGGAGAAGAGAAAAUGUACGAUCGUGUAUGCGACGCAUAUUUUGGAUAAUUUGGCGGGAUGGCCGACGGAUUUGGUGCAUAUGAGUCUUGGACGAGUGAAGGAGUGGGGCAAUAUAGAGAGGUUUGAGAAGGAAAUGAGUGGAGAUAGUAGUGGAAAUUCGAGAUUGGGAGAAUUGGUUCUUAAGUGGUUGGGAGAGGAUUUGAAGGAGAGAGGACCCAGGAAGAACGCUGGCAGUUCGGGAACUAGUUAUUUGGAGGCAGGUGUCGGUGGGUAUGGAAGUGAGAAGAAGGUUUAG